AACACAGUCAGAAGAAGAAGAGAGUGCAAGUAACAGAAGAAGAAGGCAGAAGGAAAACAAUCGCCUUCGCAAUCAGAAUGGACACAAAGCAACUAGCAAUGAAAGCCAAUCUCAAGCAACAAUGAGCCUAAAGAAACGGUCACGCCUGGAUCUGGAUAUGGAUCCAUUAUCGGUCGGGGCAGUUGUCACCAGCAACAGUGGCUCUGCAUCAUUUGGUGGACAGGUGCAGAGUCAAUGUCAGAGUCAGAGUCAAAGCUUAUUCCUCAGCAGCACCAAUGGUGUUGUCAACAAUUUGAGUAACACAGCUGGCGCUCAAAUCUUUUUGACCAUAUGCGGUGAUGAGAACUCCGAAGAGGAUGAGUAUUAUGCCAUCAAGCAGGAACCCGAUUUGGAUGUACAUACACUAUUGCCGACCAAUCUGCAGCUUCCCACUGGUUGUGAGAUUUAUCUGGUUAAGGACACCGCACAGGUCAGCAGUCCCACUCAAUUGGCCCCGAAUCCAUCGACCAUUAAAUUGGAACCAGACUCGAUAGCUGAUAAUUGUAAUUUAAAUGUGAAGAAGCUUCUAUUUGUCAGUGGACAAGUAGCGGGAACCACUACAGCAACUACAACACCAACCUUGGCCACAUCCACAACCAUGUCCCAUUCCAUACUUGUGGAAAAUCACCAGGCAACCCAAUCCACCCUUCCACCCAUAACUGGAACUGUUCAGUCACAGACCCAACCUCAUCAGCAUCAGCAGAACCAGCAGUUGCACUCCUCCACUCAAUCAAGCUCGUCCCAAUUGCAGUCCAAUGUCAAAGUUGAUUUGGCCUACAAGAAACGAGAUGACAAACGUCGUGCCACCCAUAAUGAGGUUGAGCGACGACGUCGCGAUAAAAUUAAUUGUUGGAUAUUUAAACUUAAGGAAAUGCUGCCCACGGAGGGGAAUCGUUAUAAGCCCAAUACCCAAAUGGAUGAGGCCACCUCAUCCAGUUCGAGCAUUAGCCAAAAGAGUAGUCAAACCAAUCAAAAUGGACGCACACCACCCAACGAUUCCAAGUCGCAAAUACUUAUCAAAGCCUGUGAUUAUAUCAAGAGCAUGCAAAACGAGAUUGACAAUUUAAGAGAAUGCUUGCGUGAGUCGGAUAAUCUGCGUCUGAGUAAUCAGGCAUUGCGCGAUGAGCUGGACAGUCUAAGGCAGCAGCAGGAGUUGCGGCAGCGUUAUCAUGGCACAACAUCCAGUGCUGGUAAUGGUGGUGCCAGCGGUGGAUCUUUCAAUGUGACGCUAAAUUCUUUAAAUAGUUCAGCUACAAGUGACCUGUUCGAGGGCAUAGAUACCACAGCAACUCUGGCCACUGUGUCCUCAAUAAAUUUCACAAAACGUGGCCUAUUGAUAUCCGAUUACGAUGAGUAAACAAGUACCAACCAGACAGAUGCCCACAAAAUGGGAGUGUAAACUUGACUCGAGAAACGAUUUCAUGUAAAAAUGAAAGGCGGCAAUGAAGCGCUGGCGCAUUGAUAAGCCCCCCCCCUCCCCCCCAAAAAAAAAAAAACACACACACACACACAAUAAAACCAUGCAACCAAAGAUGAUGAUAAACUAGCGAAAUGUUAAAGAAUAUUCUUGUUAUCGGAUAUGUUGGAACUGUUUGGUCCGUUGGAUAUGUUUAUUUUAUGAUUUUGUUUUGUUUUUGUUUAUCAAUUUUUCUUCGUGCUGACUUCAGCUGAAAAUUUAUUUUGCCAUCGCAGCCGCUGCAAAAAACAAAAAAAAAAAAGCUACCUAUAUGUGUUGCCAUCGAUUAAGGAUCAUGAUCAUCAUGCUAAGGAUUAAAUGUCCUUAGCACUUUACGUUUAGAGAUAUACAUACCUACCUAUACCUAUAUACAUACCUACCUACCUAUUUACUUAUAUACC